AUGGCGAGCAUCAAAGAGAACCGCACGUCCAAGGAUGACUACGCCGUCAAGCACGUCAAUAGCGUCCUCGAAGAUGAGAAGCCCGUCAACACCGAGGAGCGGGACUACACCGGCACCGCAAAGAAGACUGACCCCGAAGAGAUCCGGCUCGUGAGGAAGCUGGACAUCUGGAUCAUGCCGUGCUUGUGCGUCAUGUACUUUCUCAACUACGUCGAUCGCAAUGCCAUCGCUCAGGCCCGUCUCAACAACCUCGAAGAAGACCUCGGUAUGACUGGAACAGAGUUCAAUACGACCGUUUCCAUCCUCUUUGUCGGCUACGUGUUGAUGCAGGUCCCCAGCAACAUGUUGAUCACCAAGGUCAGGCCAGGCAUGUACAUGAGUUCAUGGAUGCUGAUCUGGGGUGUUGUCUCUGGUUGCACGGCUCUCGUCAAAAGCUACGCUGGUCUUGUUGUCUGCAGGUUUUUCCUCGGCAUUACUGAGGCGCCAUUCUACCCAGGAGCCACAUACAUUCUGUCUAUUUUCUACACUCGUAAAGAGGUGGCAUCCCGCAUUGCCCUCCUUUACUGCGCCCAGAUUCUCGCCACAGGCUUCUCGGGUCUCAUCGCGGCAGGUAUUUUUGCUGGAAUGGACGGUCUCUCAGGUAUCGCUGGAUGGCGCUGGCUUUUUAUUGUCGAGGGUGCUGCCACAGGUGUUGUUUCCAUUGUCGGAUUUUUCCUUCUCCCUAAUACUCCCCUCACAACCAGUUGGCUGAACGAGCGGGAGCGGGAGCUCGCCCAUUCUCGCAUGGAAAAGGACAAGCUCUCGGAUUCCGAUGAUCAGCCCGUAUCCGCAUGGGAAGGCUUGAAGCAAGCGUGUGGCGACAAGCGGACGUGGCUUUUCUGUCUGAUGCAGAACUUCCAUCUCUCAGCUUGCUCUUUCAACUCCUUCUUCCCGACCGUUGUCAAGACUCUAGGAUUCGACACAACCAUCACACUCGUCAUGACCUGCCCGCCAUUCAUCUUCGCUGGUGCCACCGGCAUCUUUUUCGGUUGGAGCUCUGGCCGACUGCAUGAACGCACCUGGCAUAUUACUGCUGGCCUGGCCAUUGCGAUUGUCGGAUUCGCGCUUGCUGCAGCCACACUGAAUACUGCUGCCCGCUACGUGGCCUGCUUUAUCUUCCCCAUGGGCGCGUACGCUGUGAACUCAGUCAUUAUUGGAUGGGCGGCAUCCACACUCUCUCAGACAAAGGAGAAGAAGGCUGUUGUUCUUGCUAUGACCAACGUUGGUGGCCAGAUUGGCUACAUCUAUGGUGCCUACCUGUGGCCUAAGAGUGACUCGCCACGAUAUGCCAUUGGAUUUGGCGCUUCAGCUGGUUUUGCAUUCUGCUCCAUUCUUUGCGCCUGGUGGAUCCGGGUGUUGUUGAUUCGGGAGAACAGGAGGAUCCGAGCCUCGACUUCUGAGCACGUCAACCUCUACGGAUACUAGUUCUGACGCAACUUCCCAGUACAUGUCUAAGAACAACAGGCAUUGAGUUAAGCUGGGC